AUGCCCCCAGAAAAGAACGCUCCCAAGAAGUGGAAGCCUCCUAAGGGUCCAAAACCCGUCCAUCACAAGAACAAGAACAUUGUUGGACUGGGAAAAACAAUUGCCAGUGUCCGUGCCAAGGAAAAUCAGGUCCAGUACCUUCCUGAUGGAGAUAUCAGAUUUACUACCGACAAGCGGGAGGCCGACUGGGUCAAGCUGAGAUCCGUGACUCAUGAGAAUGCUCUGGAAGACUUUUUGAACACUGCUGAACUGGCAGACACAGACUUCACUGCAGAGAAAAGAUCUACGGUGAAGAUCAUCAAGGUUGACAACAGGCAGAAUCCGUACCUUCUUUCUAAGGAGGAGGAAAGGAAGAAGCACGAUCUGCAAAAAGAACACGAAGUUGAUCUGAUUAUCCCAAGGAGACCUGCUUGGGACACUUCAAUGACUAAGUUUCAAUUAGAGAGACAGGAAAAAGAGGCCUUUUUGAAAUGGAGAAGACAGCUAGCUGCUUUGCAAGAGAAUAAGGACUUGCUAUUGACUCCGUUUGAAAGAAACUUGGAAGUUUGGAAACAAUUGUGGAGAGUUAUUGAGAGGUCAGAUCUAGUGGUUCAGAUUGUAGACGCCCGAAACCCUCUUUUGUUUAGGUCAAAGGAUUUGGAGAAAAGUGUCAAAGAGUUAGAUCCUAGAAAAGAAAAUCUUCUUCUAGUUAACAAAGCAGAUUUGUUAACAAAAGCCCAAAGAGUCAAAUGGGCAGAGUAUUUUAUAAAGAAUAAUAUUAGAUAUACUUUCUUCAGUGCUGCUAAGGCUAAUGAGCUGCUUUUGGCGGAAGCUAAUGAAGAAAAUGCAGAGGAAGAUAGCUCAUCUGACCACGAUUCUGAGGACGAAUUUGAAGAUACAGACGAAGAAUCUAUUGCAGAUUCUGAAGAGGAAACGGAUAAGGAAAAUAGUCUCCCAUCAUCAAGCCAUGUCGAUAGCAACGAACAUGAAAAUGAGACAACGGAUGACGGUGAGGAUGAAGAUGAACACACAAGAAUCAUAACCAUUAAUGAGUUAGAAGAUCUCCUGCUUCGUGCAGCCCCAGGUCCACUUACCGAACCCCUUGAAGGUCAAACACAACGUUUACAAAUUGGUCUCGUAGGAUAUCCUAAUGUUGGUAAGUCCUCCACUAUCAACGCUCUGGUGGGAUCUAAAAAAGUUUCAGUUUCUUCCACCCCUGGUAAGACUAAGCACUUUCAAACAAUUCUACUUUCCGACUCUGUGAUUUUAUGUGAUUGUCCAGGUUUGGUUUUCCCUAACUUUGCAUACACCAAUGGUGAGCUGGUUUGUAAUGGUGUUUUGCCAAUCGACCAGCUAAGAGAACACACUGGUCCAGUUGAGUUGGUAUGUCAACGUAUUCCGAAAUUCUUCUUGGAGGCCGUCUAUGGUAUUGCCAUUCCAACUAAACCAGUUGAAGAAGGUGGUUUAGGUUAUCCCUCUCCUCAAGAGUUGCUAAACGCUUAUGCUAGAGCUAGAGGAUACAUGACUCAAGGUUUUGGAGCUGCUGACGAAUCAAGAGCUUCCCGUUACAUCUUAAAAGAUUAUGUGAGCGGUAAACUGCUGUAUGUUCGCCCUCCUCCCAAUGAUGACAACACUCCAAUCACCAUAGAACAAGGCAAAGAUUUCAAUAAGGAAUUGUACACUGUUGAUCACCUUCCAGAGUCCAGAAGACAACAGUUACUACAAGCUGCUAAAGAAAAGCAUAUAGACAUUUUAGACUUACAGAGCGACCUUUCCAAGUUAACAUUUUCGGGUCACGUUGGUUCUUCAUCAUCCAAGGGAGCAGCUUACACUGGUACCAACUAUGGUGGUAAGCAGGCCGCUUUAUUCAGCGCAAGUGAAGAGCUUGAUAAAGAGUUUUUCAAGAUGAGUUCGGGAAAAGGGAUUGUCUCCAACCCUUUCCACAAACUUGGCGCUCCAUCCGCAGGUAAGAAGCAUAAUAAGAAGAACAAGAAGAAGAAUGUGAAGAAUACUGAAAUGUAUUAG